UCUCCUCGGGCGGGACCGAGACAGCGACCGAGCGAGAGGCGGCCGGCGGAGGCUCCGAGGGAGCACAGGGCCGAGAAAGAGACCGGAGGGCCGAAGGCGAGGAGGAUUGAUUGGUUCCGGCCGGUUGAGUUGAUGGCGCGGCGGGCGGCGGCGUGGGAGCAGGGCGGGGACGAGUACGACUACCUGUUCAAGGUGGUGCUGAUCGGCGACUCCGGCGUGGGCAAGUCCAACCUCCUCUCCCGCUUCACCAAGAACACCUUCUCCCUCGACUCCAAGUCCACCAUCGGCGUCGAGUUCGCCACCCGCACCACCCAGGUGGAAGGGAAGACCAUAAAGGCGCAGAUAUGGGACACGGCGGGGCAAGAGCGGUACAGGGCGAUCACGAGCGCCUACUACCGGGGCGCUGUGGGCGCGCUGCUGGUCUACGAUGUCACCAAGGCCACCACCUUCGAGAAUGUGAAGCGGUGGCUGAAGGAGCUCCGUGACCAUGCCGACGCCAAUAUUGUCAUCAUGCUCAUCGGCAACAAGACCGACCUCAAGCACCUCCGCUCGGUGGCCGCGGAGGAUGCGGCGGGCUUCGCGGAGAGGGAAGGCCUGUUCUUCAUCGAGACCUCCGCACUUGAGGCGACUAAUGUUGACAAGGCUUUCCAGACCGUGUUGGCCGAGAUAUACCGGAUCGUCAGCAAGAAGGCGCUUUCUUCUUCGGAGGAUUCUGGUGCCGGUGUCGUCGGAGAGGGGCAGUCCAUCCAGGUGUCGGCCGGAGACCCCAACGGCGGAGUUUCGUCGAGAUGCUGCUCGUUCUAGCGGUUGGUCGCCAUGUAGAUCGUCUUGGUGGGAUCCUUUGAAGUGAAUGUUGUUGACGAAAUGUGAUGUCCUGCAACAAAAAUAAAUUCAGAAGUUUUGUUAGCACGGUUUCUUGGUUUCAGAGUUGGGCUCUGAAUGUUAUACUUGUGUUAUAUGCCUAGGUGCUGUAGUUACUAUUGUACUCAAGUACAAGAAAUAUAUGAACUGACAAUGACUCCAUGUGAGGCUAUAAAGUCUCCAGAAAUUUGCUGAA